ACACACACACACACACACACACACACACACACACACACACACACACAAUAUCAGGGGUGGAUUUUGGCAAAAUCUAGGAACGGGGCCCUCAUUUCAACAUCGAUUAUUUAAAUUCAUUUAAAUCAGCAUACGUUAUUUCGCCUUAAUAAUUAAAAAUAUCUAGAAUUAGCCUUUUUUUAGGGGGCUCUUGGCUUCUGAGGACCCAACAUGGUUCCCUGCCUUUGCCUUGUCCUAGGUCCGCCCUUGCACACUAUGAAUAACUACGAGUAAACAUUUCUCCUCAUUGAUUCAAUAAACAUUAAUGCAUAUGUUCAUUAUUCGACUUAUAUGGUGCAUUCUUACAGUUAAACGAACACAAGCACUAACUACUUGGAUACUGUUAAGUAAUGCUCUAGUUAACCGUAUUUUUAAGGACACCCUCAUUUAAACUUACUACAAUGAUGAUGAAAUUAUGAUAUUUCCUUUUUUUUCAGUUUAAAUUUUAAACGGUAUUAAAAUGUGAAUGUUAAAAAUUUUAAAUCAGAAGAAAAGAAGAAGAAGAAGAAGAAAAAAAACCCCAUGAAAUCCUCAGGGAUCUAUUUACAAGCUGCCAAGAUGAGUUCAGAAUGUGCCAAGAUGAAACUACUACUUCAUUUCUGUAGUCCUGUGCCAGUUUGUAUCUGAUUAUCCUUCUCUCACAGAGCUUUUGAAGCAUUGAAGGCCUGACUUUGGCCCCUGGCGCGAGUUAAAGACUAGCGUGAUGGGCAUGCUGUUUACCUCCCUCAGCCUCACAGGACCGGCGGAGCACGAGGCCAGCUCAAUGUUCUGGCUCCUUGGCUCUCGGGCACAGCUAUUCCUGGCCUCGUUAUUUUGGGCUUAAGGCAUUAGGGCACUAAGAUUAGCCUCGGUUAUCAUUCUGUCUGAGUUAACUCCUAAUAAAACCGCCCACCGGAAAGGCUUUAUUUAUAAACCUCACUCUUUCUGCUGUUGCACACAGCACUUUUUUUUUUGCUUUCUUUUCCCUCAACCUUCAUCCACCUGUGUGGGAACAUCUGACAGUUGUAGUGUUCAUGGUUGUAGAAUUUCCUUAUCAUAAUAUAGAAGGAAUGGAUUAUGUCUCCUCAUUGCAGGCAUUCAAUAUAGCUGUGUCUAUAGCUGUUAUUGUGGUUGGAGCAGAUGCUGGGGUCUAUUAGUAGUAAUUAACACGGAGGUCAGUGCCGUGCUUCUGUUUUUGAUGCCUGCUGCUUUUUGUGGAGUGUGUAUUUUCAGAGUGAGGGGCCCCAGGAGUCAGUGUGACUGGCGUCCACUUCACACACACUUGUACUUCGGCCAUGGUUGUGUUCGGAGUCAAAUACACUUGGCUGUGAGUCAGUUACCGACAACGUGUCCAGAACUACAUAGUGAAUUCACAAAGGAUCAGAGUUGUUGUCCCCCGUGGGCAGGUCUGAGGUCAGUAUGCCAGAGUGGGAGCGUGACUCAGAUGAAUGGGAAAGGCAGUUACAGAGGGAACUCCUGCUGAUCCAGAGGCAGCAGCAGAUCCAGAAACAGCUGCUCAUAACCGAGUUUCAGAAACAGCAUCAGGCCUUACUGCGACAGCACCAGGCCCAGCUACAGGAGCACAUCAAGCUCCAGCAGGCUCUGUUGAGCCUCCGGCAGCAGCAGGAGGCUCUCGCUGAGGAGCGCACGCCUGAGAUAGAGAUAGAUGAGGAGAGAGACGAGGUGCAGGGGGAGGAGCUGGAGCGCCACAGGAGGGAGCAACCUCAACACCAGCACCUCAACCACAGGAAGAAGGAGCGCAGCAAAGAGAGCCUGGAUCUUUUUCCUUCAGGUGCUAUGGCCAGCACAGAGGUGCGACAAAAACUGCACAACUUCCUGCUGAAUAAAUCGGCCAAAGACACGCCUCCGCCUGGUCACCCGCUCAACCAGCGCGCCAAACUCUGGUACAUCACCAGCCAGCACAUGUCCAUGGAGCAGAAUUCUCCUCCUUUAGGAGAGACGCCUCCUAUGUUCAAAUCCCCUCUGCCCUCUGGCCUGGACACCAGGGAGGAGGACUUCCCCCUCAGGAAGACGGCAUCUGAGCCUAACCUGAAGGUGCGCUCUCGGCUGAAGCAGAAGGUUUCUGAGAGGCGGAGUGGCCCUAUCCAGCGCCGCAGAGACGGCAGCGUGCUCGUCACGCCACCUAAGAAACGCCCGCUGGAUCUCAGUGACUCCUCAGCCAAUGACAGCUCACCCAGCUCUGGGCCCAGCUCUCCCAUUGGCUUAUGCAACAGUGAGAACGGCACAAACUACCAGGCCAGCCCAGCCCAAAUCGAGAAGUAUUUGCCACAGGGGGGAAUUCUGAAGGCAGACGGCUCUCUCGCUCUGUUGAACCUCUACACGUCACCUUCCCUUCCUAACCUCACCUUAGGCCUCCACUCCGGGCCUUCGCCAAUCAGUGAGCGGGCAGGUGAGGCGAGCUCGGUGUCAGCCACCUCACGGGAGCCGAAGGUGAACACCAGCCAUCAGGCUCUGCUGCAACACCUGUUGCUGAAAGAGCAGACCAGGCAACAGAAGAUUCUCUCAUCUGGCAGUGUCUCGGUUCUCCCUCAGUCUCCUCUUGUGAUGAAGGAGCGUUCAGGAGGAGGCUCUCGUCCCAGGCUGCCUCGGCACCGGCCUCUGAACCGGACCCAGUCGGCGCCGCUUCCCCAGAGCACGCUGGCUCAACUCGUCCUCCAGCAGCAGCACCAAAACUUUGUGGAGAAACAGAAGCAAUACCACCAGCAGGUCCACAUCAACCAGAUGCUGUCGCAGUCCAUCGAGCAGCUGAGGAACCCCACCGCUCACCUGGAGGAGGACGAGGACGCAAGAAGCCCGGAGCUCACGCUGCCCCCUGCUGGAGUCAUCCGGAGCCACAGCAGCAGCAGCAGCAUUCAGUUAGAGAGCAGUGGCCAGAGCGAGACCCCCAGCGCCCCGGCCAGCGUGAUCAGGGUGAAAGAAGAGCCGCUGGAUACCGAGAGCAGAAUGGAGGAAGAAGGAAGGGACAGAGGUGUAGCUGGAAGAAGGGAUGAGAGAAAAGAAAGAGGAGAGGAGCCGAUGAAGGAGGUCAAGUCUGAACAGAAUGUAGAGAGUAUGACCGAGACAGACGUCUGAGAAAGAGAUGACGGAAAGAAAAAAGAAUGACAGAGAGUCAGAGAGAAUGAUAGAAAGAGAGAAGGAACGCAAUAAAAAGUUCCAGAGAAAGGAAGAAUGAAGAAAAAGAGAAGAGUAAAAAAAAGCACCUUUUGGUCUCAAUACAGAGCUCUCCCUUGACUCUUUUCCUCACAUUUCUCAUCAGAUUAAGAUCAUUACCACUGACAGCAUUAUCCCAGGCUAUACAAAUGGUUCUAAGUGUAAUAUUAAAGGUAUGAUCGGCAAUGUGACAGAUUUGAAGAAGGAUAGGCUCUCGCGUUGCGAAAAUAACAUUUCCAUAACAUAUACGGAAAACAUGUUGGGAAAAUAUUUUGCGUUAAAACGUACUUCAAGGUCAUUCAGCCAAGCGCAGUGGCAACAUUAGUGUUCUUAAUUUAAUUACCGAGCUUAGAAAAGACAGUCGCACAGUCUAGAAGUUUCUAAAUGUUCUGCUAUGUUGAUUAUAGACGUAAACAUUUCAGCCCUGAAAUGUAUUAAGAUGAAAACUAGCUUGCUGUUCCAGAAAUACAAAUCUGAGAUUUGCAGUUAGGAAUACAUCACUUCUGGACAAAACCUAAAACAAAUACAGUGCCCUCCAUUAAUAUUGGCACCCUUGGUAAAUAUGAGCAAAAAAAGGUUGUGAAAAAUUGUCUUUAUUGUUUAACCUUUUGAUCUUUUGUUAAAAAGAAAUUCACAAAAAUACUCUGCUCUCAUGCAUAUCAAACAAUGCAAACAAAACAAAGGUUUAUCCAAAAAAAUGUUUUUGUUAAAUAUAGGUGUGCAACAAUUAUUUGCACCCUAUGGGAAAAAUAUAUUUGAAGUAUAUUCCCAUUGAUAUUUUACAUUAUAUUAGUACACCUUGGUGACUAGGAACAGGAAAUUGUUCAACCAUGACUUCUCUUGUUUCACAGGGGUAUAAAUAUGAGGUACCACAUAGGCUAAAUUCCCUUAGUCAUUCAUAACAAUGGGUAAGACCAAAGAAUAUAGCUGUGAUGUGCGGCAAAAGGUUGUUGAGCUUCACAAAAUGGGAAGUGGCUAUAAGAAAAUAGCACAAGCACUGAAAAUGCCCAUUUCCACCAUCAGGGCAAUAAUUAAGAAGUUCCAGUUAACUGGACAUGUUAUGAAUCAACCUGGAAUUGGACGUGUGUCUAUAUCGUCUCAGUGCACUGUGAAGAGGAAGGUUUGAGUGGCCAAAAAAUCUCCAAGGAUCACAGCAGGAGAAUUGCAGAAGUUAGUUGCAUCUUGGGGUCAGAAAGUCUCCAAAACUACAAUCCGAAGUCAUCUACAUCACCACAAGUUUUUUGGAAGGAUUUCAAGAAAAAAGCCUCUACUCUUAUCCAAAAACAAACUCAAGCGUCUUCAGUUUUCCAGACACUACUGGAACUUCAAAUGGGAUCGGGUUCUAUGGUCAGAUGAAACCAGAAUAGAGCUUUUUGGUAAUAAACACCAGAGGUGGUUUUGGCGCACACAGAGAGGUAGUCUUAUGGAAAAGAACCUCAUGGCCACGGUUAAAUAUGGUGGAGCCUCUUUAAUAUUUCGGGGCUGUUUUUCUGCCAGAGGACCUGGACAUUUUGUUAGGAUACAUGGCAUCAUGGACUCUAUCAAAUAUCAACAGAUAUUAAAUGAAAACCUGACUGCCUCUGCCAGAAAGCUUAAAAUGGGCCAUGGUUGGAUCUUCCAGCAGGACAAUGAUCCAAAACAGACAUCAACACAAAAAUGCUUUACUACCACAAAAUCAAGGUCCUGCCAUGGCCAUCCCAGUCCCCUGACCUGAAACCCAUAGAAAACCUGUGGGGUGAACUGAAGAGGAGAGUCCACCAGCGUGGAUUUUGAAAUUUUAAGGAUCUGGAGAAACUCUGUAUAGAGGAACGGUCUCAGAUCCCUUGCCAUGUAUUCUCCAAGCUCAUCAGGCAUUAUAGGAGAAGACUCAGAGCUGUUAUCUUGGCAAAGGGAGGUAGCACAAAGUACUGACUAAAAGGGAGCCAAUAAUUGUUGCACACCUAUAUUUAACAACAUUUUUUUUUUUUGGAUAAACCUAUGUUUUGUUUGAUAUCCAUGAGCGCAGAGUAUUUUUGUGAAUGUUUUGAACAAAAAAUCAAAAGGUUAAACAAUAAAGACCAUUAUUUACAGCCUUCUUUGCACAUAUUUACCAAGGGUGCCAAUAUUAGUGGAGGGAACUGUAUGUCCAUACUGUAUAUGUCAUGCAUAUCAUCUAUUUAACUGUAAUAAGCAUGUUAUUUGGGAAUAAUAUUAGGAAUGUAAUAUCACUCAUACAGCUACGAUCGCAAGGACUUUUCAGUAUCUGUCAGAAACACACUGAUACACAAAUGGGCAAGAAAUGAAAGGAAAAGUGUUUCUUCUAACAGAUUUUCUCUCAGUUAGUGUUGUGAUGAUGAUGAUGGUGAAGAGCUCUCUAACACGUCUCUCCAAAAUAUCCUGAAGGUGAGUGUGAAGGUCAUAACAUAUGAUUUACAUCAUAUACACCCUCAUCAGACUAUUCAGUGAGCCCUCAUGCCUUGUGGAAAGGAGCAGAGUCAUCCUGGAAGAUCCCACACCCAUCAGGAUAAAAAAAUUUUCAGGAUUUUUUUUUUUUUUUUUUUUUAAAAAGCUAGAAAGAAAAACUUUAUUGAUUUGUAGUGACGCUUUUCUCUAAGUGGAGCCAAACCAUGGCAUUGAAAAGAAAUAAAUUCCCCCACAGCAUACCAGAGACAGAGGAUGGAGAUUGAUGUUUAGGUGAACUGUAUGAAGUUUGUGCAUAGGAAGAGUGUGCCAGGAUGUUGUUAUAGACUUUUGGAUGUGAGCUGGCAGCCUUAAUUUCUUAAUUUCUUCCCCAUCCUCCCUAAUAUCCAUGUGAACGAUGAAAGAUUUCUUCUAUUUGCUGACGCAUGUGGAAAAAAAAACUGAGAUCAAACCAUCAAAAAUGUUUGACUCUGGUGGAUCUUGGAGUUUUUUUUUCUAAAAUCGGAACCUACAGAAAAUGUUCUGCCAACCUGACAAUUUUUGCUGGGAUGCUGGCUAUGCCAUUUUACUGUGAUCUCUCUCUCUCUCUCUCUCUCUCUCUCUCUCUCUCUCUCUCUCUCUCUCUCUGAGAAAUGACACUGAUACACACACACAUGACAGUCUGCCACUGAUUUGUGCUGUUGUGCUCUCUCUUUCAUAUGUAUAUCGUUGUGCAUAAUAUAGAAAAGCCAUGACCUCCAACAUUUCCUUUUUACCAGCCAGGAUUCCCAGCGUCUGUGUAAAAAAAAAAAACAACAAAAAAAAAACAAACCCUGAUAGUGAGCUUUUCUGUUUGUAAAUGUACAUAUUUACAUAUAACAACUGGGAUGAGGUUUUUUUGUUCCCAUUUUGCUGAUCUUAAUUUAGUCCCCUGUGCUGUUAAACACGUCGAGUGCAUUCUGCCACGUUUGCCUUUAAAGUGAGCCGCCAAACCUGCAAGUUCAUUUGAGUGUUCUUUCUUACAUUUUAAAAAUUGUGCAGUCUAUUCAUCUGAACACUGGGACUAUUUGUUCAAAAUUGUACAUUUUACAUUUAUUAUUAUUAUUAUUAUUAUUAUUAUUAUUAUUAUUAUUAAUAUUCUGUGUAGUUUAAUUAAACUGAUCUUAUUCAUCCGUUGAUUGGUGUGUACAUGUGUGAAGCGUAUGAGGAAUGACAAUCUGGCUCAAGAUCUUGGAAUAAAAAGAAGACUUUGGUGGUUUUAAACCAAA